GAGCAAAUAAAGCACAUUUAAGGAAGAGUGAUAAGUGGCCAGAGGGAAAAGAGGAGGUCUACAGGUGCUGUCUGAAGAGGUGAGUCUUGAGGAGUCUUGAGCUGAAGCGUCAUUCCCAUCACCACUUUUUAAGUUUGUUGCAUUGGUCUGAAUUGGUAGAUCUCCAGUCAUAUUCAAGAACAUAAACAUGAACAGCUUCAGCACUGCUGGUUUUGACUUCACUUUCCUUGAUGAAGGCUUCUGUGCCAGAGAUAUUGUGGAACAAAAAAUAAAUGAGGUCUUCCUUUCGGAUGACAAAGAUGCCUUUUAUGUAGCGGACCUCGGUGAUGUUAUUAAGAAGCACAUGCGAUGGACACGCGCCCUUCCUCGUGUGACUCCAUAUUAUGCUGUGAAAUGUAAUGACAGCAAAGCUGUAGUGAUGACCCUUGCUUCCCUGGGUGCUGGAUUUGAUUGUGCAAGCAAGAAUGAAAUUCAGCUGGUCCAGAGCACUAGUGUUUCUCCUGAGCGGAUCAUUUAUGCUAACCCUUGCAAACAAGUGUCUCAGAUUAAAUAUGCUGCUGCCCAUGGUGUCCAGAUGAUGACAUUUGAUAGUGAAGUUGAACUUGCGAAAGUUUCAAGAAGCAACAGUAAUGCAAAGCUGGUUCUUCGGAUUGCCACUGAUGACUCCAAAGCAGUGUGCCGUUUGAGUGUGAAAUUUGGUGCAACACUUAAAUCCUGCAGAUUCCUACUUGAGUGUGCCAUGGAACUGGGUGUUGACGUUAUUGGAGUAAGCUUCCAUGUUGGCAGUGGCUGUACUGAUCCUGAAACGUUCACCCAGGCCAUUUCAGAUGCUCGUUGUGUCUUUGAUAUGGGAGCAGAACAUGGGUUCAACAUGAAUUUGUUGGAUAUUGGAGGCGGAUUCCCUGGCUCGGAAGAUGUUAAGAUGAAUUUUGCAGAGUUUACUGCUGUGAUCAAUGCUGCUCUUGACAAAUACUUCCCUGUUGAGUCUGGUGUUGGGGUCAUUGCUGAACCAGGAAGAUACUAUGUAGAAUCUGCUUAUACACUAGCUGUCAAUGUCAUUGCCAAGAAAGUUGUCUUCAGGGAAGAUGAGGAUGAUGGUGCUAAUGACAGAACUUUGAUGUACUACGUUAAUGAUGGUGUUUAUGGGUCAUUUAAAUGCAUCCUGUUGGACCAUGUUGAUGUAAGACUGGUUCUCCACAAGAAACCUAAGCAUGAUGAGAGAUUCUACUCUUGUAGCAUUUGGGGACCAACUUGUCAUGGUCUGGAUCGCAUUGUUGAGCUCUGUGACAUGCCAGAUCUUCAGGUUGGAGACUGGAUGCUCUUUGAGAAUAUGGGAGCCUACACGGUUGCUGCAUCUUCCACCUUCAGUGGAUUCCAGAAGCCGGAUAUCCAUUAUGUGAUGUCAAGAACUUCCUGGCAACUGAUGCAGCAAAUCAAAGAGCAAGGUGGCAUUGCUAAAGUUGAGGAGACUGCUUCUAACUCUGUGCCCGUCUCCUGCGCUUGGGAAAGUGGAGUAGAACUUCCUUCAACUUGCUCUUCAACACGUAUUGCUUAACCUGCAGACUCUGGCAUGGUUUAGUCUGUCCUGAUACCUUUGGGCACUACUAGGGACCAGUAACUUCAUUUUAAUGUUGCCUACAUUUAAUGUUUUUAAGCCAGUUAAUAAAAUGCAACAAAAUGGAUAACUAAGAGGCGGGUCACAUUUUAUGCUGUUUCUAUGGAAAAAAAAAUUUUAAUUUAUUUUUUAUUUAAGUACAAUAAAUGGGAGACAAUGAGUGUUUUGUUUCAUUUUACUGCACAGAACUACCUCUGGUAGGACAGGUGGCAGACAUGUUACAAACAUGUUCUUAUACCUUUUUAUGCACACCUGAUUUAAUAGUAUAAAGCUAUUCCAUUUCACAAUGCAUGUAUUGUAGAAAGCUGUCUAAUUAGCUUCCUGUAAACAUUGUUUCUGUGCCAGGAAGCUAUACUAUAAAUUCAGUACUAAACUUG